AUGAGUACGGCUGUCGGAGACGACAUCGUGAUAACCGGCAACGUGGCUAUCCAGACGCUGCGCCACCCGCUCGAGACGACCGUCUGGGUCAACGGCUUCGCCGCAUUCCUCAUCGAGGUGCCCGUAGCGACCCUCGCGGGCAACGUCGCCGCCGGCUCCGCGGACACCGGCUUCAUGAUCCGCCCCUCCUUGGAGGCUUGCGAGAUGAUGAACGAGGCCGUGGCGUGCAUGACCGGCUUCUUCAUCCUGCGCGCCAGCUCGGUCGGUUGCGACAGCUCCGAGCUCAACGGGGUGCGGGCGGACUGCGACAGCAGCGGGAGCGGCUUUUUGUCCACCUUUUGGGCCUCUGACGGCCGCGGCGGGUGA